CUGCUCGCUCUCUCAAGAAAAAGUCUUGAACCACACGAAGCAAGGCAUACAGGCGGCUAUAUCUGGAAUCUGGCCACCAUGGGUAAACGAGAUCACACAGAAUUCGUUGCGGAAGACCGUACAGCGAAACGCGCUAGGAUUCUUGACGAUGAUUCUUCUGCGGAGAGCGGCGACGAAGACCAAAAUCCCAGCAAUGGAUUCAGCAUUAACAAGGAGUAUGCCGCUAGAUUUGAACACAACAAAAAGCGCGAGGAGAAGCAGCGAUUGGAAGAAAAAUACGGCCCUGUGGAAGCUGACUCUGACGAUGAAUCGAGUUCAGAAGACGACGAUGAGGGAGAACUGAUCAAUGAAAACGUUGACAAUGAUAUUCUCGCAACUAUUCAAGCUAUAAAGGCAAAAGAUCCCAAGAUUUACGACACGAACGCGCACUUCUUUUCAGAAGAGAUCGUCGUCCCGAAGCAGCCCAACGGAGGCAAAAAAGAGAAACCCAUGCACCUCCAAGACUACCAUCGUAAAAACCUGCUCGAGGGCAAGUUCGACCAAGACCCCGAGGAAGAAGAUACGCCAAAAACGUACGCCCAAGAACAACAACAGUUGAAGGACGACAUCGUCAAGCAAAUGCAUGCUGCUGGAGAGGAGGGCAACGAGGAAUCAGAAGGCGACGAGGGCUUCCUCGUGCGAAAGUCCAAGCCCGAACCUACGAUGUCGGCCCCGAAGAGGAUAGAUACAAAACUUGACGUCAAGGAGGCUGACAAAGACCCUGAAACCUUUCUUUCCAAUUUCCUUGCUUCGAACGCUUGGAGGACGACUUCGCCUUCCCGUUUUCAGCCUUUCGAUUCUGAUGACGACGAAGAGCUAGAGCGUGCGGACAAGUUCGAAGAGGCUUACAACCGCCGAUUCGAGGAUCCCAAAAAAUCCAACGUCACCCUACAGUCUCACUCUCGUGAUAUUAUAGCCAAAUAUUCCGUGCGGCGCGAAGAUCUCUCUGGUAGACAAAAAGCGAGGCAGGCUGAGCGUGCGAGGAAAGAUGCGGAGAAGCUCGAAAGAGACGAGGAGAAGUCUCGAUUGAAGAAACUGAAGGCAGAUGAAAUGGAACGCAAAGUAAGACAGAUCCGGCAGUCUGCUGGUGCGCAUGGGAAAGCCUUCGAAAUAGAGCAAUGGGCCGACGUGCUGGAUGCCGACUUCGAUGAUAAGCAAUGGGAGGAAGAAAUGCAACGAAGGUUCGGCGAUGAGUACUACGAAGCGGACGAUCUCGACGGAUCAGCCAAUGAGCAGGAAACGAGCAGUAAGAAGAAAAAGAAGGCAAAGAAGCCGACGUGGGACGACGAUAUCGAUAUUAAGGAUAUUGUGCCAGACUUUACAGAUGAUGAACCGGUUGAUGUAGCAGAGGAACUGGAUGAAGAAGCAGGCAAGGCCGCUACCUCCAAAAAGAAGCACUCAAAGAAGGAGCGGAUGAAGGAGAAGGAAGAGGCCAAAAGAAGUGCACGCCGCGAUCGUCGUAUUAUUGAGAAUUUGGUGGAGCAAAAUUUCGAUGCAAGAGCAACUUCUAGCAAAACCAAUAAGCCAACCUCGUUCCGCUACCGGGAGACUUCACCAAAAAAUUUCGGACUCACUGCCCGCGAUAUCCUCCUUGCGUCCGACGCCGACCUUAAUCAAUUUGCCGGACUGAAAAAACUACACGCUUUUCGCGACACGGAAAAGAAACAAAAAGACAAGAAGUAUCUCAGCAAAAAGGCGCGUCUGCGGCAGUGGCGCAAAGACACAUUUGGCACUGAGGACGAGCCAUCUGGUGGUUUUGAGCAGCUAUUUAACAAAAAUUCAGGCUCAAGCAAUAGUGUGCCUGAGAAGACUAAAGUGAAGAAGCUUGACGGGGAAGAUACGGCUGGAGUAGAUGGGAAGAAGAAAAAGAAGCGAUCGAGGAAGUCGAAAACCGCUACCGCUGAGACUGAAGCAUGACACUGUACUUAAGCAUUCCAGUAACAGAGACGAGAAAAAUUCGAUGGUGUAGAGUCUAACGGAUGAACCGCUCACGCUACGUCGCCGCUCCGAAGAGAACAAAAAUUUAUUUACGUCUUACAUCGACACCUACAGACGUCUGACCGCUAAAUCAGCAUGAACUCAUUCGUGAAAGGCUUAAAUCUCGGUUACUUCAGUCUUUUCACACGAACGCUUGCCAUUUCAUAUUCGAUAUCAUUCACCGCCAAUCAUGCCAUUCUGUCAUCCCACUGUCAUCAAGUCGAGCAGCUGACAAGCACGCGCAUAUCAGAAUGUACAAGGCCC